GACUCGCUGUACGUCUCGACCAUCGCAAUGGGCGACCCCAAGGGCACCACCGAUACGGAGGAGUACGAUGGCCAGGUCGUGCGGACGGUGUGCUCCGGCCUGAACGGCCUGGUGCCGCUCGAGGAGAUGCAAGGGCGCAAGGUGGUGGUCGUCUGCAACCUCAAGCCCGUCAAGAUGCGCGGCAUCAAGUCGUCCGCCAUGGUGCUGGCCGCGUCCCCCAAGGUCAAGGAGGGCGAGGUCGACGACCACAAGGGCCCCGUCGAGCUCGUCAACCCGCCUGCCGACGCCCAGGCUGGCGAACGUGUGUUCUUUGAGGGCUUCAGGGGCGAGCCCGAGAAGCAGCUCAACCCCAAGAAGAAGAUCUGGGAGACCUUCCAGCCAGGCUUCACCACCAACGAGACGCUGGAGGUGGCUUUCGACGCCGCCGUCGUCAAGGAGCUGGAGGGCAAGGACGGCGUGGGGAAACUGGUCACCGAGGCCGGAGGCAUCUGCACCGUCAAGUCACUGAAGGGUGCCACUGUCCGAUGAUUUCUCCUGUUUCAUCUAUUUUACUGGAUUAAAGUUCUCUACAAUAGCAUGUUGUGGCUAGCUAGGAAAGCUAGAGCAUAGUGUAUGUGCUAGACGAAUGAAAAGAAAAGAAAAGAAUAUCCUGGAAUAUUAUGAG